GUGCAGUUGGCGCUGAGCGCUCCCGCAGCCACAGUGACUCUUAAGACCGGUGAGGGGAAGGGUUGCUGUGCGUGACCAUUCGUGAGUCAACAUUGACCUCACAUUGGCUUCGUAAGCCUCCUCUCCUGAACAUGACCUGAGAGAGAGGGAGAGAGAGAAAAAAAGAAAGCUCCAGUUGAGCGAACCGCGACCAUAGAAGGGAAAGAGAUUAGUGGAUGAAGAACAAUGCCAAGGAUAUCCCCAGGAGGUGGAGGGGUGUCUCGGGUGGGGCCUGUGGUAGGGGGAGCUUCCCACAGUUGGAAGGAAGUGCAUCAAAGGGUAAGGGAGUUACGGCGCACCUUCCUUCACCUUUCUGUGAAGACACCAACUGAUGUGACUUUCCGACGAGUUGGACCGUCUUCACUGCGGUGCUACUUCCUCCUUUCUCCUGGCCAGGGAAGAGAGUCAACUCUAUUCUAUGCAGAUAUAAAUCUUGAAGCUCAGGCAUGGGGUAGCAGGAUAGUAUACCAGGAAGUACUGGAUUCAUUCCAGUCCUUCCUUUGGAGGAACAUGUCCCGUGAGGAGUUGCUGCUAAGUGAAAGAAGGCGCAUUUCUACCUGGGGCAUCACAAACUAUGAGCUCCACCCUUCAUCCGGCACCCUGGUUUUUCCUGCGUCCUCCACUAUCUUCCAGUGUGUACAUCCUGAAAGGCCGAAUGGUCCUGUGAGUCCACGGGAACUCCCUAGCUGCCAGGUGUGCCUCAGCCCCCAGAUUUGUCCUGCCAACCCAAGCCUCAUUGCUUUUGCUGCACGAUAUGAUAUUUACCUGUACAACACCAAAACAGGAGAGGAGAAGAGAGUGACACAUGUACACAGUGGAAGUGGGCGUUUGGAGUAUGAUCCUAAGAGUGCUGGCAUGCCCUCUUAUGUGAUGCAGGAGGAGUUCUCACGUUAUCAAGGAUUUUGGUGGCAGCCUGUGUCCUCUGAUGGAGUAUAUCGACUGCUAUAUGAAGAGGUCGAUGAGAGUGAAGUGCCGAUUGUCCAGUUCAUCCCUCCAGAUGACUCAUCUGGGUUGUUAGAUGAGUUUAGAUUCCCUCGCGCUGGCUUGGCUAAUGCAGAAUCAACCUUACGUCUUCUUGAAGUGGAGAUAGGAGCUUCUGGGGAACUUUGUGUCACCACACGCCAUCUGCGUCAUGAUCUCAAGCAAUUGGCACCUUGGCAUGAGUACUUGGUGCGGGUUGGAUGGGUACCUAAUGGGCAACAGAUAUGGUGUCAGUUGUUGGACAGGAGACAACAGAAGUUGGAGCUUAUUUUGCUUUCAUUGUCUUCUUUCAUGGGGAUCAACUUAUCUCCCUCCACCUCUACUGCCAAUAGUACCACUACAAUCUCCACAACUACUAUGACUACUACCACUUCUACUACAGCUACCAAUGCAACAACCCAAUCAGUUCCUCACAUGGCUCCUCAUCUGAUGAUUUCUCAGCACUCUAAUACAUGGAUUGAUGUACACAACUUACUGUAUUGGUGGACAAGCCAAAAUGAUCCCACCCAGCGUAUGGUAGUGUGGGCUAGUGAAGAGUCUGGAUUCCGUCACCUCUACCUCCUCCUUUAUCAGCUAUCAUCAGAUGACCCACCACAUCCCGAAGACCAGGGUCUGGUCACUGCACAGCUCAUUCAGAAGAUUCCUUUGACAAGUGGUGAAUGGUCUGUAACAGGAACAGGGCUGUGGGUGGAUGAGGGACGGGGAUUAGUGUACUUCACAGGACUUCGGGAUUCUCCUUUGGAAAAUCACUUAUAUGUUACUUCCAUAUCACAUCCUGGGAUAAUCCAGCGUCUCACCCAGUCUGGGUUCUCCCACCAGGUGGCACUUGACCAGGACUGCACUGUGUUCACCACAGUGUAUAGCAGUGUUGAGAUGCCUUCCCAGAGCCAGGUAUUCCGCAUCACACCUCUGGACACACCAAAUGGCAGUGGGCAGCUGGUAUGGGUCAUUGCCUUGGGAGACCUGGUCAAUGAACCAUUGUCUGAAGGACUGCGGGAGAUCAAGUCAUUAGUGGUACCCGAGGUGUUCACCACCAGGAUAGCAAGUGGGGAUGUGGUUUACUCUAUGGUAUUCAAACCUCAUGGAUUCACUCCAGGCCGCAAGUACCCCACUGUACUGUGUAUUUAUGGAGGACCCCAGGUGCAGCUUGUCACCAACACUUUUAAGGGCUUCCGCCAUAUGAGGACACACAUGCUUGCAGCAAAUGGAUUUUGUGUAGUGAGCAUUGAUUCUCGAGGAUCUGACAACCGUGGUGUCUCCUUCCAAGCCCAUCUCAUGAAUCGAAUGGGGACAGUGGAGAUUGAUGACCAGGUUGAAGUACUGGAGCUGCUUGCUGGACAGUGUGAUUACUUGGACUUAACUCGUCUAGCUGUCACAGGUUGGUCUUAUGGAGGAUACUUGUCCCUUAUGGCUUUGGCUCACCGUCCAGAUCUCUUCAGAUUGGCAAUUGCUGGGGCUCCUGUGGUAUCUUGGGGCUUGUAUGAUACUGGGUACACAGAGCGCUACAUGGAUCUGCCAAGUGUCAACCGAGAUGGGUAUCGUGCUGGCUCUGUACUCUCCUAUGUCAACAACUUACCUGAUGAGGAGAACCGUCUUCUCAUUGUGCAGGGAAUGAUAGAUGAAAAUGUGCAUUUUUCCCACACCAAUCAACUGAUUCAAGCCCUCAUCAAAGCUGGGAAGCCUUACCAGCUGCAGAUAUAUCCUCAGGAGCGCCACUGUCUGCGUCAGCUAGAUUCCAAUGAGCACUACGAGACAAAACUGCUGUCCUUCCUCCUCAAUCAUCUAUGAUGGAGAUGGAACCUAGCCCAGCUUUAUAGUUAUGUCGGACCGAGACAAGGGCCAUGGAACCCCACGGCGUCCUUCCUCCUCUUCCUCCGAAAGGAAACGUCGUGAGAAGGACCCCCUGGACAGCUCAGCCAAGCGGAGAAAAGCUUCUGGGGAAGGUAACAGUUCCCUACCUCUGACUGCCUGCGCUUCUCGGUCAUCUUUCCCCCCAGUGGCUGGCCCAAGUGCUGUAAACAUACCAGCCGUAUCUCCACCACAAGAUGCUGAGUUGGGCCGUCUGUCUUCUUUAAUUAGUGGCCUCAUCGAUAAACUAGACAAGUCAGCAGGUCCUCAGGUGUCACUGGGACACAGUCCCAACUUUAGUGGUUUCCAUGACAUCUCGUUGGAGGAUGAGGCCAUUCCAGCUCCUCAGUCUCAGGCGUCCGUGUCUGACCCACUGGAUGAUCCCAACACGUUCACCGCCUGUCAACCUCAAGGUGCUCCUGUGCUGACGUCGCCUUCCAAAAAGCUCUCGAGGAGUUCGCAGGCCAUUUCCAUGGUGAGGAGGAGUUGGGUGACCCUUUGUCUGAGUGCCUGGCCUCCAUCCUCAACCUGAGUCUGAGAUGCCAGCCCUCUUCUGACAGUGCUAAACAGAUGUGUGACAGGAUCAAGCUCCCUAACAAUGUGCCGAACUUAAAGGUGCCAAUCACCAACUCUGCUAUCGCCAAAGCUAUGAACAUUGGGGGCAAGUUAGUGGACACCCAGCUUUCCCUCACUAAUGGCUUGCUUGUGAAGGCUUUAGUCCCUAUUCCACGUUGCAUAAGCAACAUUGGUGAUAGACAUGUUCAGCCCAUUACCUGCUACCUUGAGGGUCUUAAUAACAGCUUCAGAUUCCUUGCUUCUGCUGUCAACUACAUUAAUCAGCUGAGGAAAGAGGUGGCACAGAUUCAUGUAAAUGACUCUGCUCUUGAAGAGCUCAGCAAAUGGGAGUGUGAAGUGGGUCAGGAUGACUUGUUCCCUUUCGAUGUCACCAAGAAAUGUGAGGAAAUCCACAAGUCUAGGUAACUUGUGGGGCCCUCCUUCUGUCCUCACAAGGGUCCUGGGAAACGGUUUGCUCCGCCUUGGCAGACGAGUAGACACCCCUUACGGCCUUCCUACCAACAACAGGCAUGCCCACGGUCCCAGAUGAGGCCUUUUUUAGGCCAGAGACCUCCCCAGGGGAAGAGGAGGCCAGUGCACAGAACUCCUCAGUGAGGUCACCUUCAGUAAGCCCUCUUGUACCUACUUUGAUUAACACUCCUACAAAUUUCCGUGGUGGUAAGAUCUUUAAUGCUAAAUUACAGUGGUGCCUUUUGUCUUCUGAUAAAUGGAUUCAUGAUGUGGUUCAUGGGAAACUUCUUGUUUUCUGUGAAUGUUCCUAUACCAAUUAAAGCUCUAGGUCCCCUACAUUUGUCUACUGCAGACAAUGUCGCCCUGGACACUGCCAUGGUCAAAUUUAUUGAACACGGUAUAGUAGAAUUAUGUCCACCAGGGGAUCACGGUUCCAUUUCUAAUGUGUUCCCUACUUUCAAAAAGGAUGGUACUGCCAGAGUCAUACUGAAUCUAAAAUAACUUAAUGAUCAUGUUGAAUACACUCACUUUAAACUGGACAUUCUUAAGGAUGUGAUACCUCUAAUCCUCCCCAAUUGUUUUUUCAUGUCUAUAGAUUUGACAGAUGUCUAUUUCUCAGUUUACGUUUGGCCAGAGGACAGGAAAUGGCUUCAAUUUAUCUGGCGUAAUGAGAAGUUUCGCUUCACUUGUCUACCACAGGGUCAGACAUCUGCACCCUGCAUCUUCACUAAACUGUUAAAACCUGUCCUCUCGCACCUUCGUAAGCUGGGAAUAACUGUGUUCUACUAUUUGGACGAUUGUCUUUUUGUUGCUGACUCCACUGAGACUCUUGAGGGUUCAUGUGACUUAUGCCUUGCAUCUUCUUGACUCCUUAGGGCUCACUGUGAAUCUUAAUAAAUCAGUCGUAACAUCUACCCAAGAGAUAGAAUUUCUUGGGGUAAUUUUUGAACUCUAUAAACACGACUUCCACCCUGACGUCCCGUAAGAAAGAACGCAUAAAGGCAGAGGGUUUGCUCCUUCUGAACAGGGAUGUUUCCUUACUUGCACUCUCCUCUUUCAUAGGUAUGGCUGUAGCUUCUGACCCUGCUGUAGAGUUGGCCCCACUCAGAUAUAAAUACCUAGAAAUAGUGCACAACAGGGAGCUUGCUAAUCACCAUGGCAAUUAUAGCUCACCUGUUCUUUUGGACUGUCAUGCCCAGGAGUUGGUUGCCUGGUGGGUUAAUAACAUAGAUUCUCAAGUAAAGUCCCUAUGAUCCUGUCCCUACCAACUUGAAAUGUUUUGUGAUGCUUUCCUGACUGGUUGUGGUGCUGUGGUCGGGGAUGCCAAGACUAGGGAUCACUGGGGUCAUGACGAACUGGACCACAUCAAUUGUUUGGAAUUGAAGGCUAUCCUCUUGGGUUUACAAUCCCUUUGCAAAGAUAGCAGGGACACUCAUAUCUGCAUCCGCUCUGAUAAUACCACCGCAACUGCCUGUUUAGAUCAUUGUGGUAGUAUCAAGCUUAGUCUUAACGCGAUUUUUGCCUGGGCCGAGUCAAGGGGCAUUAACCUGUCAAUACAACAUAUACAGGGAUUACAUAAUUCAGAGGCAGACAAGGAAUCUCAUGUGAAAAACUUAGAUGCUGAGUGAAUGUUGCAACCCCAUAUUUUCUAUAGCUUAUGUCAACUUUUUCCCAUGCCUGAGUUGAUCUCUUUGCGACCCAAAUUAACGCUCAGUUAUCUGAUUAUGUUUCAUGGAAGCCAGACCCAUAUGCUAUACAUAUUAAUGCUUUCACAUUGACCUGGUCCAAUAAGAAAUUGUACGCUUUUCCCCCUUUCAGUAUAGUCUCCCAAGUUCUGCAGAAAAUUCAGGAAGACGAGGCAACAGUCAUGUCGCUCCUACCUUUGUGCUGUUUCCAACAGCACGAGGAUCAGUCAUGUCGAUCCUCAUCAGUAUGGGCCACAUAUCAAAAAUUGGCUGUCUUUUUGCCUCAGCAGGGAAAUUAAUCCAUUUCAGCCACCUUUAAAUGUCCUCUUAGACUACCUCUUAUCUGAAUUUAAGAAGGAAAUGGGCUGAACCUACAGCUCAAUGAAUACAAUACGGUCAGCUAUUUCGGCAGUAGCCAGUAUCAAUCAUCAGCCUGUGGGACAGCAUCCCUUGGUUGUCAGAUUUAUGAAGGCAGUCUUCCAAGAGAAACCAUCUGGGAUCCUCACUUGGUCUUAGAUUACAUUGCAGGUCUUGGACCCAAUGAGUUAUCGAGAAAAUUAACUAUUCUCCGGUCAACGUGGUCAAACUUUGCAUUUAUUAGACAUUAGAAACAUGACUAUCUCAGAGCUUAGAGUCUCUUUCAGAUUAGCUGACCCUCUAAAAACAUUAAGGCCAGGUGACCAUAUGUCAGAAUUGGUUUUUGUGGCUUAUCCCACUGACAGGAGAUUGUGUAUAGUCACUUCCAUUGUGAGUUACCUCAAGCGCACUUGCGCCCUCCGAGGGCCAUUCACAAGCUUCUUUCUAACCACGAAACCUCCAAUAAGGGUAGCCUCAUGAGACACUGCGUCAUUGGACAAAAGAUAUCAUGCAAUCUGCUGGCAUUGACCUCAACAUCUUCUCUCCUCACUCUACUAGGUCAGCUUCAACCAGUAAGGCAGCCCUAAAACUCCCCCUGGCCACCGUCAUCUCCACUGUUGGGUGGUCCCGGGAAUCCACCUUUACCAGGUUCUACAAGAGACCUAUCAGCCACCUUGGACAAUUUUCAAGAGCUAUUUUUUCAUAGCUCUCUGAUUGUGUACCAUGCUACCCCUUGUGGGUUUCCUUUUUUGUUUUAUUACAUUGGUUUUGUUUUGGGAGAAAUAGAUUGUUACUCCUGUU